AUGCGCGCCGCCAGCACCGCGCACGCCCUCCUGGCUGCUGCUGCCGCCAUCACCGCCGCCCAGGCCGAGACGGAGAGCAUCCUGACGGGAGCCGUCCUCUCGACAGAGGCCAUCCUGACCGGGGCCACGCUCUCCACCGAAACCGUCUUGACGGGCGUCACGCGGGAAACCUCUGUCCCGACUUCCACCGGGAGCAUCCUCACCGGCGUCACCAAGGAGACGUCCGUCCCGGCCUCUACGCAAGGCACCCCGACGGGCGUCACCCUCGAGACCUCCAUGUCUGUUCCCGCCAACACGAGCGCCGCCGGGCCUACCGGCGCUCAGACGGGCGUGCCUGUCGCCGCGGCGGCCCUGGGCUCGCAAAACCCCCGGCUGGUUCUGGGCGCUGCUGUUCUCGUGGCUGCGCUGGCGGUCUAG